CACGUCUCCACAACUCGACCCAUCUCCUACAUUCCCCUCAGCUUUGCCCAGUAUCCUGGUAUUUCUACCUUUGUCCCUAGUCUUAACCACACCUCGAAUCUUGCCUAGGUCUCCUCCCCGUUGCGCAUCGCCUGUCUUACCUCACGAGCGGUUCCUGUUCCAUACGCUUUCAGCACCACCUUUGCAUCACUCUUAGUAUCUACCGACAGAGCUGCAGUUAUGAACAACGCACAACGACAUCCACUGACCGGCAGAGAGCUUCGACAUCUUUUCAGAGAUGAAGCCGACAUACACAGAAGACCCAAACCGUCCGGGAGAGAAGCGGGCUCUUGGAUGGCUGCCAAACAGGACACGCCAUCUGCUCAUUGCCUUCCUGGGCGAGUUCAUUGGCACAUUCUUGUUCCUCUUCUUUGCAUUCGCAGCGACACAGACGGCCAACAAUCUUCUCGGUAACCGGCCAAUGGACAUCCAGUCCUUGCAGUACAUCUCAUUGGCCUUUGGAUUCUCCCUCGCGGUCAAUGUUUGGGUCUUCUUUCGCGUCAGUGGAGGACUCUUCAACCCAGCUGUCACUGUUGCGAUGGCUCUCAUCGGCGCUGUGCCUUUCGUCAAGGCCGCACUCCUCAUUCUUGCACAGCUACUGGGUGCAGUGGCUGCCGCUGGAGUCGUUUCAGCAACCUUCCCGGGCCCUGUGGCUGUCCGCACUAGGCUCGGUGCUGGUACCUCGAUCAGCCGUGGUGUCUUCAUCGAGAUGUUCUUGACUGCCAUGCUUAUCUUCUGCAUCUUCAUGCUGGCCGCAGAGAAGCACCGAUCUACCUUCGUUGCCCCUAUCGGCAUCGGUCUGGCUCUGUUCGUCGCUGAGUUGGCUGGUGUCCUCUACACUGGUGGAUCUCUCAACCCAGCACGUUCCUUCGGACCUGAUGUUGUCACAAAGCGCUUCGAUGGCUACCAUUGGAUCUAUUGGGUAGGCCCACUUCUCGGUGCUCUGCUUGCCGUGGGUCUAUAUCGUCUACUCAAGAUGCUUGAGUAUGAGACUGCCAAUCCCGACGCAGAUGGCGAUGGCCGCCGCGAGGUCUACUACGAGACCGGGGGCUCCUCAAGCCAAUACGACAACCGUGUGCCCACGACGCGUGGCCAUGGCGCAACCGACGGAACCACUGACGACAUGGAUUUUGCCUCGCGCAUCCGUACUGCGAAACAUGGAUCGCACCACAACGUUGCCCUCGGUAACAACAAGCAGAGUGAAUCUGGGGCGAUGUCUGAACCUAAGCCUGUCUUCCACUCUGGUCAUGAUGGCCAUCAUUCGCAAGUUAUGUCCGACCGCAGCUACCGUAGCGGCCCAACUGUCGAGUCUGGCUCAUCGUAGUCUGGCAGUACCAACUCUUUUCGUUCUUCGGUCACAUCCAGGUCGACAUCUUCAUCGAGCACAGAGAGCAGUGAUGGCCACAAGAAUGAGAAGCCGCGACAGAAACGCGG